GUCAACAUUAACUCCACUUAUCUUCAACUUUUGAAAUUUUUUCCACCAAAUCUCCAUCGGUCGCACAAAAGACGAAUAAAACCAAUCCGAACGGACGCGCACCACCGCCGCGGCGACUUGUACUUGAAUCGUGUAAAUUGUGCUGUGCCGCGCCGCAGCCGCCAUCCGAAUUGUUUGUAUAUAAAACUUUUGUAUACAAUAUACAUAAUAUUUGUGCGUUCUCCGCGCCGGGAUAGGCGUAUCAAAUGUUUGCGCGAGCAAUACGAAAAGUCACUGGAAGAAAACUCGUGUUUGGAAUCGCGUAAAUGUUUACGGCGUAAAAACACAAUCUGCAUAUACAUAUAUUUACAUCACCAUCGCGCGCAUUAUGAUGAAGGAUCAGCAGUUGACUGAGGUCAGCGGUGCCAGCCAGUUGCAGCCCGUCCUGCAUCAGAGCAUCAACAUUCAGCAGACGUUGCAUCACCUGCAUCUGCAUCAACAUUCAGUCAUUUUGUCAACCGAUCAACAGAGUCAAGUGCAGCAACAACAGCAACAUCAUGCCUCCCCACAAAUGGACGACAAUAUCCCCGAGAGUACCGCUGUGGAUGAUUGCAAACCAUCAUCGGAGAAGAAAGCAGGCAUGCGACGACAAGAGAAACCCCCUUAUAGUUACAUUGCGUUGAUUGUGAUGGCGAUACAGAAUUCGCCAAGCAAACGAUUGACGCUGAGCGAAAUCUACAACUUUCUACAACAACGCUUUGCGUUCUUCAGAGGCUCCUACCAGGGAUGGAAGAAUUCAGUAAGACAUAAUCUCUCGUUGAAUGAGUGUUUCAUCAAGUUACCUAAAGGGUUAGGUCGUCCUGGUAAGGGUCAUUACUGGACGAUUGACCCAGCGAGUGAAGUCAUGUUUGAAGAAGGCUCCUUCCGACGGAGACCGCGUGGUUUUCGGCGUAAAUGUCAAGCGAUGAAGCCACAAUACAAUCCGGGUUAUUUCAAUCAAGUGGGUUGUGUGGUCAGUGGUCAACCGAGUGGUUAUGACCCGGCGGGGGUCGUACCUUCACAGGAUUACAAUGCUUGUGUGUACAACACGCCUCCAACUCAGGUGUCGGCUGUGACCGCGUCACACCUGAGCACCUAUGACUAUCAGGUGUAUCAACAGUGCGAUCGUGAUUGGGCACCGCCGCCGCAAGGUCUACUACCUACCUAUCCGGAUUCUUCUCUGUCUACCGCUUAUAUGAAGGCACCGAUGAGUCCGAUCCAGGAGCACCAUCAAGAUGGUAUCACACCACCUCCACCAUCUUCAGGUCCGCCAUCAUCCGUCGUUGAUUUUCAAACGUACAACUUCCAGUACGGUCUACCGUCGAACGCUGGCUCUGAACUGAUGCGUACGGGACAGUCGUUGCACUGUGACAGGAAGCCGUACUUGUCACCGCCGCCGCCAUCUUCAUCAGCGCCGUCGUCGUUGCCGUCACCGCCGACAACGACCAACAACUUCUAUGAGCAUCAAGUCAAAUAUAUGCAAUAGGAAAUCGAAUACUCGACCAUUUUGUACAUACUAUUACGUAUUUAUUAAUUACUUAUGAUUAAUAUUAGAGUUUUACCAAAAAAUACAACUAGUGUUACCAAAAAAUUUGAAGUUCGAGAUCAAUUAGAUGUAAUUUCAACGAUUAUGAUUAUUAUUACUCGAUAUAAGUUUGUUGUGUAUGAUUAAGUUAAGUCUUAGAGCUUAGGUUAAGUCUAAAUCAAUAAACAGUCGUUUUUCAAA